AUGGCGACCAACUCCAUCAAGCUCCUGACUGGUAAUAGUCAUCCUGAGCUUGCCCAGCUCGUUGCGGAUAGGGUUAUGGUGCUGCAGUAUUCGAAUCAGGAGACUAGCGUGACGAUUGGAGAGAGUUCCACCCGCCCAAAUGAUAUUAACGACGGACUCAUGGAACUCCUCAUCAUGAUUAAUGCUUGCAAGACUGCCUCCGCGAGACGCAUCACUGCCGUGAUACCCAAUUUCCCCUACGCCCGUCAAGAUAAAAAGGACAAAAGCCGCGCACCAAUCACCGCAAAGCUCAUGGCAAACAUGCUUCAGACAGCAGGCUGUAAUCACGUCAUUACUAUGGACCUUCAUGCGAGUCAGAUUCAAGGCUUCUUCAAUGUGCCCGUAGACAACCUCUACGCCGAGCCAAGUAUGCUGCGAUGGAUUCGACAAAAUCUGGACGUUGCCAACUGCGUAAUAGUAUCCCCUGACGCCGGAGGGGCAAAGCGUGCCACCGCCAUGGCUGACCGUCUCGAUCUCCAAUUCGCGCUCAUCCACAAGGAACGUGCAAGGCCCAACGAGGUCUCACGCAUGGUCCUAGUUGGCAACGUCAAGGAUAAAAUUGCCAUAAUCGUCGAUGACAUGGCUGACACCUGCGGCACGCUCGUGAAAGCAGCCAGCACGAUCAUGGAUCAUGGAGCCAAAGAGGUUGUUGCCAUAGUCACACAUGGUAUCCUAAGUGGAAAAGCGAUCGAGACGCUCAAUAACAGCAUACUUUCGCGUAUUGUGGUCACGAACACUGUCCCGCAUCAGGAGAAGAAGGAACAGUGUGAUCGAUUGGAGACCAUUGAUAUAAUGGCCGACACUUGCAGAGGCCUGUCGGAGAACGCACAAAAUAAUUCCCAUUUGUGUAUUUGA